GGAGCGGAGCCGGCGGGGAGGGGGCUGCCGCGGGAGAGGAGGAGGGGUCGUCGUGACCAAAGGCCAACGAGACCCGCCCGCCGGUCGGCCGCAAAAGCAGAGGCAGAGUGCCACCCGAGCCGCGCGUUCUCUCCCGUCCGGGCGCGCGACGCUUCAGCCAGCGCACCGAGAGCUCUCCCGGCGCACACAAAGCCGCCGCCCGCGCCGCACCGCCCGGCGGUCGCCGUCCACGCCAGGGAAGGAUCCGGCCGCCGGGCCGGGGACACCCGGCGCCGCCCCCUCGGCGCUCUCCCGAGGCCCACCGGCUCCCGAGCCCGGCUAGGAGCCACCGGAGCCGCCUCGGCCGCGCCGGAGGAGGGCGGGGAGAAGACCAUGUGAAUGGGCUCCGGAGCCUGAGCGCCGCGCAGUUUUUUGAAGAAGCAGGAUGCUGAUCUAGACGUGGAAAAAGACCGGUCCAGCAGCUGUAGAAGAAGACAUGUGGUAUAUAUAAAGUUUGUGAUAGUUGGGGGAAAUUUUGGUAAAGUGGAGACCAGCUAAAGGGAUGGUGAAUGGUACCAGCAAGAAACGUGCCACAUCAGAGGGCAGGCCAGUGUGGCUCGACCUGUCACUCUUCCAAGUCUGGUGUCAGCAGCAAGGAUGGGAACUUAGGCCUCAGGGCCCUCACUUCUCCACACCCACCUAGGAAUUUAGAUAAUGGGCUGUGUGCAAUGUAAGGAUAAAGAAGCAACAAAACUGACGGAGGAGAGGGACGGCAGCCUGACCCAGAGCUCCGGGUACCGCUAUGGCACAGACCCCACCCCGCAGCACUACCCCAGCUUCGGCGUGACCUCCAUCCCCAACUACAACAACUUCCACGCGGCCGGGAGCCAAGGACUCACCGUCUUUGGGGGUGUGAACUCUUCAUCACAUACCGGGACCUUGCGUACCAGGGGAGGAACGGGAGUGACCCUGUUUGUAGCCCUUUAUGAUUAUGAAGCACGGACAGAAGAUGACCUGAGUUUUCACAAAGGAGAGAAAUUCCAAAUAUUGAACAGCUCGGAAGGAGAUUGGUGGGAAGCCCGCUCCUUAACAACCGGAGAGACUGGUUACAUUCCCAGCAAUUAUGUGGCUCCAGUUGACUCUAUCCAGGCAGAAGAGUGGUACUUUGGAAAACUUGGCCGAAAAGAUGCUGAGCGACAGCUUUUGUCCUUUGGAAACCCGAGAGGUACCUUUCUUAUCCGUGAAAGUGAAACCACCAAAGGUGCCUAUUCACUGUCAAUCCGAGAUUGGGAUGAUAUGAAAGGAGACCACGUCAAACAUUAUAAAAUUCGCAAACUUGACAAUGGUGGAUACUAUAUUACCACCCGGGCCCAGUUUGAAACACUUCAGCAGCUUGUACAACAUUACUCAGAGAGAGCCGCAGGUCUCUGCUGCCGCCUAGUAGUUCCCUGUCAUAAAGGGAUGCCAAGGCUUACCGAUCUGUCUGUCAAAACCAAAGAUGUCUGGGAAAUCCCUCGAGAAUCCCUGCAGUUGAUCAAGAGACUGGGAAAUGGGCAGUUUGGGGAAGUAUGGAUGGGUACCUGGAAUGGAAACACAAAAGUAGCCAUAAAGACUCUUAAACCAGGCACAAUGUCCCCGGAGUCAUUCCUUGAGGAGGCACAGAUCAUGAAGAAGUUGAAACAUGACAAGUUGGUCCAGCUCUACGCGGUGGUGUCUGAGGAGCCUAUCUACAUUGUCACUGAGUACAUGAAUAAAGGAAGUCUACUUGAUUUCUUAAAAGAUGGGGAAGGAAGAGCUCUGAAAUUACCAAACCUUGUGGAUAUGGCAGCACAGGUUGCUGCAGGAAUGGCUUACAUCGAGCGCAUGAAUUACAUCCACAGGGAUCUGCGAUCAGCAAACAUUCUAGUGGGGAAUGGACUUAUCUGCAAGAUUGCUGACUUUGGAUUGGCCAGAUUGAUCGAGGACAACGAGUACACGGCAAGGCAAGGUGCAAAGUUCCCCAUUAAGUGGACGGCUCCCGAAGCAGCCCUGUAUGGGAGGUUCACGAUCAAGUCUGACGUGUGGUCUUUUGGAAUCUUACUCACAGAGCUGGUCACCAAAGGAAGAGUGCCAUACCCAGGCAUGAACAACCGGGAGGUGCUGGAGCAGGUGGAGCGCGGCUACAGGAUGCCCUGCCCGCAGGACUGCCCCAUCUCUCUCCACGAGCUCAUGAUCCACUGCUGGAAGAAGGACCCGGAAGAACGGCCCACUUUCGAGUACUUGCAGGGCUUCCUGGAAGACUACUUCACCGCCACAGAGCCCCAGUACCAGCCCGGUGAAAACCUGUGAGACCGGGGUCUGCAGAGAGAGGCCUUCCGGCGAGGCUUCCCCGCCCCCUCCCCAUUAGCUUUCAGUUCCGUAGCCAGCUGCGCGGGCAGUGCGAGCCGUCCCGGAUCAGAUUGCAUGUGACUCUGAAGCUGACGAACUUCCAUGGCCCUCAUUAAUGACACUUGUCCCCAAAUCCGAACCUCCUCUGUGAAGCAUACGAGACAGAACCUUGUUAUUUCUCAGACUUUGGAAAAUGCAUUGUAUCGAUGUGAUGUAAAAGGCCAAAACCUCUGUUCAGUGUAAAUAGUUACUCCAGUGCCAACGACCCUAGUGCUUUCCUUUUUUUAAAAUGCAAAUCCUAUGUGAUUUUAACUGUCUUCACCUGAUUCAACUAAAAAAAAGUAUUAUUUUCCAAAAGUGGCCUCUUUGUCUAAAACAAUAAAAUUUUUUUUCAUGUUUUAACAAAAACCAA